UCUUUAUCACUGACUCUGAUUGCCGUAAGUCAGUAAUGAUGGCAGAUAAUUCGGAGCGAAAGAGUCAAGAGGUGGUGGAGGAGGAGAUCUCAAGGCCUGGUUCCACGAAUGAGGCUUUUAGGAAGCUAUGGACGAAACGAACCCUUGGUUUUGCCAUCGGAUGUAUUCUUGUCAUGUUCUUCUUCAUGAACCUGACCGUCUAUACAGGCAAUGUCUACGAGCCGUAUGCGACGAGUCACUUCAAGGCACAUUCUCUUCUAGCGACUGGUGCCAUUGUCAAUGGUCUCGUACGCAUCGUGUCGUACCCACUGCUCGCUAAGCUCGCCAAUUAUUUUGGACGUCCCCAGAGCUUUGCUGGUGCUGCUAUCUGCAUGGCCAUCGGCAACGCCAUGUACGCAGGCUGUUCCAACGUCGACACCUUCUUAGCAGGUGGAAUCUUUGACGUCUUCGGCGAUACAUGGUGGAACAUCAUCCAGCAGAUCUUCGUCGCCGACAUAACAACCCUCGUCAACCGUGGUAUAAUCUUCACCCUUCCCGAAUCCCUCUCCGCGAUCCCCACCCUCUACGGCGGAACUUAUCUCGGCGAACACAUGCUCCUGCACUCAAGCUGGAGAUGGGGUUAUGGUAUGUGGGCUAUCAUUCUACCCGUCACUGCUAUUCCGACGAUUGGUAUCAUGAUCUGGAUGAAUCGCCGGGCUAAGCGCAUUGGUCUGAUCACGGAGAAGAUCUCGUUCAUGCAUGGUGCUGAGCCUGGUGUUGUUGGGAAGGUUAAGCAUGUUGCUACGCAGCUUGAUCUUAUUGGCGCUCUUCUCCUCAUUGGUGGUUUGGCUAUGACGCUGUUGCCGAUGACGAUUGCGGGAAGGAAUAAUACCGAUCGAUGGAGUAGGCCUUCGUCUAUCGUUCUCAUCAUCGUUGGUGUUUUGACCUUCAUCGCUUUCCUGGUUUGGGACGGAAAGUUCGCGUCGAACCCGAUUAUUCCUUACCGAACGAUCCGCGAGCGCAACGUCAUUGUCGCAUGCGCAUCAUGUAUCGUCAUCGCCAUGGCUGAUAGUAUCUACCGACCUUUCCUUUCGAGCUUCCUCCAAGUUGCGGGUCAUUACUCUCCUGGAGCUGCAACACGUGUGGAUAACGCCCAGCGCGUCGCAUACAACAUCGGUGCACUCGUCGCUGGUCUCUCACUGAAGUUCGCCAAGAACACAAAGCCAUUUAUCAUGCUUGGAGUUGUCUUGAUCAUCCUCGCCUGUGGUCUUCCAAUCUACCUUACCAACAUUUCCGGCACCCACAUCGCCAGCGAAGCUGCAUUCAUCACCUCCAAGUCCCUUCUUGGAGUUGGCCGUGGUUUCACCCAGGUCCCACUUCAAGUUUCACUCCAGGCCGUCCUUGAAAACGAGCAAGUCGGCAUUGCAACAGCCGUCUUCCUCUCAUCGCUCGGCUUUGGCUCCAACCUUGGAGUAACCAUCAGCGGCGCCAUCUGGAACUCUGUCCUCCCCCGAAAGCUCAAAGCGUACUUCGGAGAGGAGGAAGGCGGCAAGAUCUUUGGUUCUAUCGUGGUUGCGCGUGCAUACGAAGCUGGAACUACUGAUAGAAAUGCCGUUGAUGAAUGCUACCGCCAGACUCAGCAGACCCUGGCCAUUGGAUCAGUCUGUGUAUCAGGACUUCUCCUGGUGAUGGUUUAUCUUGUUCGCAAUGUUAAGCUUGGAGCUGAGGAUGAGAAGAGAGCGGCACAGGCUGACAAGGAGCUUGCUUGGGCUAUCAAGCAUAAGGAGGCUCAAGAGGAUGCCCCCGUUGAACUCGAGAGUGGAAGGCGUUAAAGUAACCCACCACUAAGUUUGGCGUCUGAUUGGGCGACUAGAACCUAGCAUGAACUCAUGAGUGCAAAAGUGAUUAGAAGAAGUCCACAUUGGACUACUGUAGUAUAUAUAAGGCUUAUCGGUUAAAAGAAGGGAAAUAUCGUAUUUAUCUGUAUAUGACACAAUUUCUAUCCCUGUGCGUGCUCAUCCAACAUACUAAGUUUCAUACCGAAUAACCAACAAAAACGCCAAGAUGCAAUCCCCAUACCCAUGUAUUCCUACUGCUUCCCAGCCGAGAUCAUCGAAUCAUGACUCAAGAUCCCCACAAGCGUGUCCCUCUUAAUACACUUCUCAAAUGAAAAGCUACUCGCCAGAUCCUCCAACUCCUCCUUGCUCUUAUCCCUAAACAACUCCGCCAACUCCCAUCCCACAUACUCACUCAUCAAACACUCUCUAAUAACCCGCUCAAACUGUCGUUCGAAAGUCCAGAUCUUGGGAUAUCUCGUAUCUCUGUACUUCUCCAGCACUUCUUCCUUCAAGCCUUGGAUGAAUGGUUCGUAGAGGUGCUUGACGCCGUCUUUGUUGACGACGCCCCAGAAAUCAAGACCGAGACGCUGUUUCUUGGCGAUGAAGGGCGCGAUGAGGCGCAUAUAGGGGGACUCGGGAUCGACGUAUACCAUGCCUUGGUAGCCGACAUCUUUAUACAACCAGAUAGACCAGUUGACAUCUGUUUCUCUGUAAAUAGCCAACUGCUCUUGUAGCAAAUUAAAGCGCUUGGCGUUGGUCUUGAUGGCGUCGUCACCCUCUUUAUGCUCAUUCUGAUAAACAGGACCAAACUCUCCAUUCCAAAUAGGCACGUUCUUCUCCCUCAUGAACUGCACCUUGCGCUCAAAGCUCUUCCUCAGCUUAGUGUUUUGUUCGUCUGUACCUUCGUACUGCUCUCCAAGAGGAAACCCGUAGAAGCUGUAAUCGUGACAGGCGUACACAGCGUUGGGAAGAGGGGUUUGGGGAAAGGCGCGGAAGUCCAUUGCGUAGGUGUUUCCGUCGAUGAAGAUCAUGUGAUCGGGAUCGAUGGCGCGGACUUCUUUCUCGGUGCGUUCGUACCAUUUUACGAGCUUGGCGCCGUAUUGGCCUGAUGAGGUCUUGGUUUCGUCGGCGGGUUCGUUGAGGAGGUUGUAGCCUGCGAUGACGGGGUUUCCCUUGUAGUGAGCUGCAAGAGCCUUCCAUAGCUGAAUAGCUCUGUCUUGAUGGUCUUUGAAGUCCCAGAACGCCGCGCGUGAAAGCCCAGAAUCGCUAUGCCAAUCUUGGUUCUGACCACCAGGAACGGCAUGUAGAUCAAGGACAGCGUAAAGGUUAUGUCUUCCGCAAAUAUCCACACAGCGAUCUAACCAAUCGAAACCAGAUUUCUUGAGAUAAUCUGGAUCCAUGUCAUCGAUAAAAUGACGAUAAUUGAACGGGAUGCGGAUACAGUUUAGACCCAACGACGCAAAGUAAGCGGCAUCAGAGUCUGUGAAGAAGUGGUAUAAAAGUCUGUCAAAGAAGAAGUUUGCCUUUUCUUCACCGAUGACUUCAGCCAUUUGUUGUCUGUGUUGGUGUUCGUGGCCUGCGUAGCCGGUGAUGAAGUUCUCCAUAUUGAGCAUGCCACCGAUGGCAGCGCCCUUGAGGAUGACGGUGUUGCCGGAGGGGUCGACGAUGCGACUACCCUCGGUAUGAAGCAUUUUACAUGUUGAUGGUUUUUGGGGGACGGCUUUGGGGACGGCUUCGUAGGAGCCGGAGUUGUCUGCUGUUGCGACCAUGGUAGAGAGUGUGAGAUGUUGGUUGAAGAAAGAGGAAAUCAGACAAUGAAGAGUGAAUAGGCGACGAAGUCGCUAAUGCGAGUGAUGCUCUGUG